AUGGCAUCUACUUCAACCCACUGGGGAACCCUCAUCAACCCAGACAAGAGCCCUGCACCUCUACUUGAGCAGCUAUGUUUGGGCAUCGCACAGCUGAUGCCUUCUUUUGAUUCAAAUGGCACCUCAGAUUUGACACCCGAUCGGUUAGCCGCAUUCUACCGUAAGGUUGGCGGCAAUUAUGACCCACUAUUCCUCGCAACUAAGGCCCAGUCGCUAUCCUUCAUCUACCAGUCACUGGGAUGCUUUCAUAGCCUUCAACCUUCGACAAACCCGUAUGAACCGCCAUCUAUCCCGUCACUUCUACCGAAUGGCUUUGUGCGGUGGCAGACAAUUCAGAUUUUAAUGGACCCGGACGAGCACUCGCGGUUCCUGCAAGAAGCAGUCAAACAGUGGGAUAUUGUCGACGCCCAAGGACAAAUCUUUCCUAAAGAGAUACCCCGAGACGCCUUUCCCUCAGAACCCGACCCGGAGAUGACGCAGUGGCAUGAGGGCGUGUGUCGACGACUAGAGUACGACUAUGUCAAACGGAAUGUCCAACAUCAUUCACCUCCGAAUUUUGGGGCUUACCCUCACUACCAUUUCAGCGGCAAGGAUCCGCUUCCCGACGAGGAGGAUUACUUCGCGCGGAAUCCCCGCAGGUCGAACACUCGGCGCCAAAGUCAUUAUGAUGCAGAACGAUCUAGUGGUCGGCGUCAUCAUCACAGGCGGCUCAGCGCAGAGUAUCCUGCGUCCAGCUCCCGCAGGCAUGAGCCAGCAUAUGCUCCACGUCCUGAUGGCGGUAGAUCAGGCGGGACAUCACCAAGAGAACUUUCACCCACUGGGUUUGCCGAACAUUCACGCCAUUCUCAAGGCCGAGACCGGCCAUCUGGGUACACACGGGACACAGAGGAUGUACCCGAUGACCUGGACUUUUCAGAUAAUUCAACGCGCCACGAAGAUAACGACCUAAGACCCCGAGCCAGGCACAGCUCUCGCCAUCACAAUCUUUCACCUCCAACAGACUCCCGGGCACGCCGCCAUUCACACGACGCCUACAUACGCAAACCGGCGCGAGAACUCUCCCCAUCCUCGAAAAGACGCUAUGAAAGCUACGACAGACGCUCCACAAAACCCAGCAAAAUGACCUCCGACAGACACCGCGAGGUCCGCUCACAAUCCCGGCCCCCAGGUGUCCAAUUCCGUAACUACAUUUUCGAUCCAGCCCAAGCCCCAGCUCCAGCUACAGCUCCAGCCCCAGACCCACCACAAUACGCCGUGCCCCCACCUCCGCCACGAGGCCCACCCCGCCACCGGUACGAUGCCUAUUUAGCCGAAGACGGCAGAAGAGGUAGUUAUAGCGGCGGCAGCACAGGCGGAAGUCGACCUAAUAGUGGAGGAAGCGGAUCUGAGAAACCAAGAUCGUAUAGUAGUGCAGGGCUUUAUCCUCGCACCGGUAGAUGGACUAGUCCGCAACGUAGCUCGGCCGCGAAAAGGUACAUUCCGACAAGGGUGGCAGAGGAUCCGGGAUAUAUACCUUCCCCGCGGAGGGCGAUAUGA